CCUUCCGCACAUACUGAGUACGGUUGAUCUCCUUCGACAACCAUUGAGCGUUACACUACAGAAUCUUAAAUCAAAUAUGGACGAAAUUACAGCGGAGCUCAAUGAGCUUUUUGCGGGAGGUAGUCCUGACGGACUGCCUCGAGAUGUGCUUGCGGAGCUUCGAUCCAUUAUGGAUAUUCACGCACUAUCCCCGCAAGAACUGUUCUUUAAAUGGGAAUCAUACUCCAUGAAGAUGGGGGAAGAGACACAAUUGAACUUGGACACAGCGCGUGCAUUGAAACAAGAUAUUCAGGAUACGCUGGAACGGGAAUCAAGAGGAAAAGGUCACCUAAGACCAUCAGAAAAAAGGAGCAUGGCUUCUGCGGCUCCUCGUGCCCUUAAAAAUAACCAGGAUGUAUUUGACAUGUUAGGAGACUUAGUCCCAAAUACACCACAUACUGCUGCGAAACCCGUUAAGCGGAAAGCUGGAUUUGACACUCCUUUGACGUCCAAGGCGAGCAGAGGAGGAGACUUCAGCUCCCCAUUGAAUGCCCGCACUCCUAUCAAACUAUCCGGUGGGGCAUCUAACCUACCUGCUCCCACCCCUUUCUCCGAACGCAAGAAUAACGGGGAGAUAUUGGAAACCCUAAAUCCCAACCUCCCGGCGGCUCAGGCCCCCGUAGCCCCCUAUUCGGAAGCGCGCAUAAAGUUGGCAGCAAACACGGACAUCAAAAAGUUCUCAUACAAACCAAUGGCUAUGAAAUUGUCUGAAUGCUCCGAAGUCCUCGACGACCGGAUAGACGAGUUCGCGGCUGUGUAUCAAAAGCAACAUAGUUCGGAUGAUACGCCUUUUGGGAAUGCAGCUCACCAAAGCACCAGGGAAGUUAUCGCCGUAGGUAGAAUUGCUUCUGACAGCAUGGAAGGCAGGCUAAACACGGCAUCUUUGGUUUUUGAAAUGUCUCGACGCACGGGUGCUGGUUUGCGCGUGCCUCUCAAGGUCGACUCACUACCAUCAGUCCAAUUGUUUCCAGGUCAAAUUGUCGCAAUCAAGGGAAUUAACGCUUCCGGCGAAUAUUUCUCUGCUCUUGAAGUUCUACAGCCUCCCUUUCUUCCUCCUGCUGCUUCCUCCCCCGAAAUUAUAAGUUCUAUAAAUGAGCGACUCAGCGAGUCAGGCAGUGCACCCUUAAACAUACUCGUUGCCUCAGGACCAUAUACGACGGACGACAAUUUGAACUUCGAGCCCCUGAACGAACUUUGCGCCAAAGCUGCUGAGCAGUCUAUUGAUACAUUAGUAUUAACAGGGCCUUUUCUUGAUAUUGAACAUCCGUUAAUUGCCACCGGAGACUUUGAUCUUCCAGAAAUAAAUGGCCUAGAUCCUGAUACUGCGACACUCUCAGUUCUUUUCAGGUACUGUAUCUCACGUCCACUGCAUCGACUGGCCAUGGCCGUACCUAGCAUCACCAUUGUUUUAGUUCCUUCUGUGCGCGAUGCAGUGAACAGACACGUGUCCUGGCCCCAGGAUAUGCUACCAAGGUUGGAACUUGGACUACCUAAACAAGUACGCAUGGUACCUAAUCCUGUUACCAUAUCUUUGAAUGAAUCUGUUUUUGGCCUAUGCUCGUAUGACGUCUUAUACGAGCUGAGACGAGAAGAAGUGCUAGGCGGGAAGCCGACAGAAGGGAAUUUGUUGACGAGAUUAUCACGGUAUCUUAUUGAGCAACGACACUUUUCUCCCGUUUUUCCACCGUCUGCUAGAGAGCAUCUACCAAAGUCUGGCACCGAAAAUGGAAUUGCGACAGGCGCCAUGCUGGACCUUAGAUAUUUGAAAUUGGGAGAGUGGUGGAAUGUCCAACCGGAUGUUCUCAUUAUCCCUAGCGUUUUACCACCAUUCGUCAAGGUUAUUGAGGGUGUUUUGGUGAUUAACCCAGGCACUGUAUCCAAGAGGAGAGGGCCAGGAACCUACGCACAACUCGCAGUGCAUCCACGGGUGCUCACGGAGGAAGAACAGAACGCGAAAUAUAUUAAUCAUAGACUGUUCGAAAGGGCGAGGGUUGAUAUCAUCAGGAUUUAA